UUGCGAAUUGACGAGUGGCACGACCAGACCUCGGACUCGACCAGUACCAGUGCGAGAGCGUGUGCGAGUGCAAACCGCCUCGAGACACGAAGCACCAACCGAACCGACAGCUUCGGCGACGAUACCCCUGAUCCCCUCGUCACUGCGCUGCUCGAGUCCGACAAGAUGGGCAACACUCCCAGCUCCGUCUUGGACAACAUUGCCCAGGGCACCAACUUUGAUCGUGAGGAGGUCGACCGCCUUAGGAAGCGGUUUAUGAAGCUCGACAAGGUCUGUUUCCAGGAGCGCUGCGAUAACUCUGGCACCAUCGAGCGCGAGGAGUUCCUCAGCCUUCCUCAGAUCAACUCCAACCCUCUUGCGACUCGCAUGAUCGCCAUCUUUGACGAGGAUGGUGGCGGCAACGUCGACUUUCAGGAAUUCGUAUCAGGGCUGUCCGCCUUUAGCUCCAAGGGCAACAAGGAGCAGAAACUCCGCUUCGCCUUCAAAGUCUACGACAUCGACCGCGAUGGCUACAUCAGCAACGGCGAGCUGUUCAUUGUGCUCAAGAUGAUGGUCGGCUCCAACCUGAAGGACCAGCAGCUACAGCAGAUUGUCGAUAAGACCAUCAUGGAGGCGGACUUGGACAAAGAUGGCAAGAUAUCAUUUGAAGAAUUCUCAAAGAUGGUAGAAAAUACGGACGUCAGCAUGAGCAUGACCCUGGACCAGUUCUAA